GAUAGAAUUGUAACAACAUGGUGAACAAAUUAUCAUUCAUAAGUAUAGUGUUACUAAUCAGUUUUACAUCAGCUGGUAAAAAUGACGUGUACAGAGGUUUUACAGUUCAUGGUAUAAAACUUAUCGAUCAAUCAGAUGUAAACAUUCUUCGUGAACUUGUUGUAAAUUUGGAUUUGGACGUUUGGUCUCAUGGUGCUGUGGGUUUACGUGAUGCUGUCGUUAUGGUUGCAAAGGAAAAUGAAGCUAAACUUCUUCACCAUUUGGACGAUAAUGGAAUAAAUCAUUACAUCCAUUUAGCAGAUGUUGUUAAAGCACUGGAUGAACAUGACGAAGUCAUAUCCAAAUGGCGACGACGAAGAAGCGGUAAUAUGGUUCCUUUUGAAGAUUACCCUACUUAUGAAGAGGUAAACAAUUAUAUGGAGGGACUUGCGACUCAAUAUCCAAACAUUGUCACUCUUGUGAAUUCAGGACCAAGUUUUGAAGGACGUGAUAUAAAAUACUUAAAGAUAUCGACCACCAAUUUUACGGAUCCCAGUAAGCCUAUUUACUUCAUGGACGCAACGAUGCACUCCCGCGAAUGGGUCACAACUCCAGUUACUCUGUACGCCAUGCACAGAUUGCUUGAGGACCUGAGGAGCGACGAGCGUGAUUUACUGGAGAACGUUGACUGGAUUAUAAUGCCAAUAGUUAAUCCUGAUGGUUAUGUGUUCACACACACUGAUCAACGUCUAUGGCGAAGAACACGUUCAUACAGACCAGAGAUCAGUACGACUUGUUACGGAGUGGACGCUAAUCGAAACUUCAACAUUUCCUUCAACACUAUCGGUGUUUCUUCCAAUCCUUGCUCUGAUAUCUACCCUGGUCCUGCACCGUUCUCAGAAAUAGAAGCUGUAUACAUCCGAGACAUAGUCUUUGAACAUUUAAAUCGUAUACAACUGUAUUUAAAUAUCCAUAGCUAUGGUAAUUUCAUUCUCUUUGGGUAUGAUGAUCUGACACUACCCCCAAAUGCGGUAGAACUACAUUACAUUGGUGCUGUAAUGGGUGCAGCUAUAGAUACCAUCAAAUUACCAAUAGCUCCGCACUAUUUGGUAGGGAACAGUGCGUACCUUUUAUAUCCGGUGUCUGGAAGUGCACAAGAUUAUGUACAGUACGCUGGAGUUCCAUACGCUUACACUCUGGAACUCCCGGAGUUCUCAAGGUACGACUUCCGAGUUCCACCUGAAUAUAUAGAGCAGAUCAACGCAGAGACGUGGAAGGGUAUCGCAGCUUCUGCUCGUGCUAGUACCUUAUUCUAUACACGAAGAUAUACUCGUAAUUCUGUUUAGUAACUUUGUGAAGUCCCUUUCAAAUAUCUUGGCAGCCCAAGGUCAUCAGCGCGCUGCGCGAGGACACCUCGCCCCUCCCGUAUCACGCUACGUCCUAAAAUUAUGUUGUGUGCAUCGACUCGCUAUAAAUUCAGGGCCGCCAAGUUAUCUGAAAACUAUUGUAAUAGUGUUACUGUAA